AUGGCCCUUCAAUCUCCAGAUACCCAACUUCAAUCCGCUUUCAUCACGUGUUUACCUCGUGAAAAUCGCGACAAAAUCUAUCUUGAGCUUUGGCGUUCUUGUGGUCUUCGUCAACACAUCAUUUGGCACCAUGACAAGGACGAUGUAACCAAAUCUCACUUUUGCCGAUGGUCCUGUACAACACCUUUUGAGGUGCAGGGCAAGCUUCAAGCAUAUCUGGAUGCUAAGAGACAAAAGCUCGGUAUCACUACUAAUGUGAGUUUUACUGAUAAAACCUCUGCCCUACAGCUAUAUUCUACUUGGAAGAAUCAUUUUGCUUGCGGAGAACGUAUCGCAGAGGUACAUGGUGAAAAGGCAAGUCCAGGUGUCGGCACAUGUUCCUCUCGAGGGUCUUGCUGGGUCAAGAACAAGCCGAAUACAGAGAGCUCAUCUGUAUGGAGCUCAUACUUGGGCAUACUCUUGUCGUGUAAAGCCAUAUCUUCAGAGUGCAUCAAGUCAAUCUAUGAAUCGACUACCUUCAUUUUCACAGAUGUUAUCGCUCUUAACCUGUUUGUUGGUUUCUGCAAAGUGCCCGAGUUUCAGCAACAAGGCUUUAAUGUGGCCAUUCCACCUCCAGCGAUUCGCACCUUUGGCAGAAACAUGGAACUAUCCCUAGAACCUGUCUUCCCGAUGUUGUUGCCAUGUUCAUCGCCCAUGAUGACUCUCAAGACAGAAGAGCGUCAUGCGUGUCUUGAUUUCCACGGAUUGUGUCUAGAUCGUUUAGAGAAUCUCAAUACUCUUAAUAUCUGGAUAUCGGCACGUUGCACCGUACUUUUAUUAGACAGGCAAGCGAACAAUAUCGACCAGAGUCCCUACAACAUCACUCAACUGAGCAUUGAGUCGCUCAAAAAGGUCUUGGCACCUCUGAGUCAUGUGAAGAACAUCACUAUCAGCAUGCCUCUCGAAGAUGACACUGGAGUUGAAGAUGGUUAUGUAGUUAAUAGCACGCCUCUCAAGAUUUGGCGACGAGGGUCGGGUGAUCGGUUUCAUCCUUCUUUGUUGCCAGUCUUUGAUGUAGAACGAUUCAGUAGCCUUGUGCAUUUCAGUACCGACAGAACUGUUCGUAUGGCGCACAAUCCACUAACAGUAACUAAUGUUCAUCCCGUAGUUGGUCUCGGUAUAAUUGAUGCUCAGACGUUUAUGUUGCAAAGGUAA